AAGUUGCAACCACACUUUCAACUUUGUCAUCCACUAGAGCGAGAAAUGCUGCUUACAUCUCUGGUAUCUAAUAGCCCUAAUGGUACCUUUUGCCUCCCAAAGGGUGCAGUGAAGCAAGGAGGAGGACACAACCCAAUUCCUCAAAAGCAAGAAGAAUGGAAGUUUCUCAAGAGCUUGGCUCCUCCCUUAAUGGCUGCAGUUCUGACUUUAUCUCCACUCUCAAUCACCCCUGUCUCGCAUGCGCAAGCCAUUGAUGUUCAAAGAGGAGCUGCAUUGUUUCGUAGAACUUGCAUUGGAUGUCAUGAUGCAGGUGGAAACAUAAUACAACCAGGUGCAACACUCUUCACUAAAGACCUACAGAGAAACGGAGUUGAUACAGAAGAGGAGAUAUACCGUGUUACUUACUUUGGAAAGGGAAGAAUGCCGGGUUUUGGUGAGAAAUGCGCGCCAAGGGGCCAGUGCACUUUUGGAGCUCGUUUGCAGGAUGAAGAGAUAAAGAUUUUGGCUGAGUUUGUGAAAUUACAGGCUGAUCAAAACUGGCCCAACAUUUUAAUUGAAGACAAAUGAGUUUCUGAAUUCAAUUAAUGCUGACUCAAGUUUUCGUGAAGAAUCGAUGAGAAACAAGGCCCUUGCAAGUUCUGUAAUGGAAUUUCAACGGAUAUCUAGCGCGAGCACUGUUUUGAUUCAGUCUUCUUACAACCGUGAAUUCUAUGGAGAUAUUGAUUUUUCGAGCUCAAUCAAUCGCUAAAUAUGAUGUGUCCUACUAGGAAAUAGAGCAUGUAUGUUGUCAAGGCAUAAGGAUCAUAUUUUGGAACCUUUGCUUCCAAAUUGGACCAUGGAAAAUGUUGGAAGAGUAGCUUCUGCUUUGCUAGUGCAGAGUAUUAGCUGCAGUAUUCUUGCUA